CGCUCACAAUUUCUUUUGCCUUUUGUCAUUUUUCAUAAUACUCAUCAGUUUGAAAGUUGUCGUCUUUAUAAAAAGUCAUUUGAAAAAAAUCUGCAAAAAAAUUAACAAAACUUUCUGAUAAUUGAAAUUCCUGAAUAAUAAUAAACAUGUUUAAGAAAUUCAUUUUUAUCAUCUUGCUUGUCACAUGUUCGCCAUCAGCAUUAUGUGGAUCUUUGAUUGAAGAUGGAGCCUAUUCAGUCUUAGAGAGUGUUUUAGUGGAAUCUGGGAAAUCAAAUUUUGAAGCUUCCUGCAUUGUUAAUGUAAUGAAGUUCAUGGGGACUACAAACGAUGUUACAGCUAUUCAUAACAUUGUUCAACCGGAUAAAAUGUUGGAAAUUUUAAGAACAAAAGGAAAUGCAGCCGAAACAUUCUGUGCUAUCUUUCCAGCCAUUUUUUUUUUACUGCUUCUGAUUCUUUUCUGUGCUUGUUGUUGCACUUGUUGUUGCCGCUGCUGUCGAUCCCCUCCAGCUGUGUCAAGAGUUAUCUUGGGAACCUAUCCAAUAGAAAUGAGAGAAGGAAGAAAAAAUUCUUCUGAUGGAGUUCGUCUCAACCCGUAAAACAAUAAUAUUAAACUAAAUAUUAUACAAUAGACAACCUAAAUAGUUAAUACCUUAUCUCUUUAUGUAUAAUUUUUGAGCCAUAUUAAUUUAGCUACCUAAUUUCUUUUUUCCUUUACGAUUUUGUAUUCAUAUUUUUUGAGAAGAUUUGAAGAUACAUAUUUGCUUCAAAAAUUUUUUCUCGAGACAUGUUGGCUAUCAAUAAAAACGAUUAAAAUCAAAAAGAUAAAUUAUGUUUAAUAAGAUAAUGAAACGCAAGAAUUCACACGUUAGAUAUAACUUUUAAGUUAAAUAAUUUAACGAAUUAUUUGAAAACUUUUUUGCGAUUCGCUUUCAUUACAUUACGGUUUUAAAAUUUCAAUUCACUUGCCGCAUUUUUUUAUUUGUUUGUAAACAAAAAAAAAUGCGGCAAGUAGGU